CGAAGACGUGCCAUGCCCAGCGAUGUGGAGCUACGUGAUGGCCGCCGCGAGAGGUGACCCACGUAGGCGUCCGGGAUCGGUGUUUACGAUCCAGUCCUCCGGACCUGGACCUUGCAGGGACGGAUUAAGCGGAUCCCGUUGCACGAAUAAUUACAACAGACAGGACAGCCGCAUCGACUUCAACAACACUCGAGAUACGCAGCCGGGGACAGCUGCAGCGGCGACUGCUACUUCCAGGAAAACCGCGACGCCGACGUUCUUGAGGAGCAGCAGACCGAACGACACCUUCAAUGCUGUCCUCUCCAGAAACUCUUCGCGAGAUCUCCUCGCCAGUUACAACUCUACCACAGUGUCCAGAGACGGAUCCAGGGAUGCCUUGGCAGAAGUCAGAGUGCACACGCCCGUUUCCGAUGGACACAUCCCAUCUUCACCGCAGCUCAAUACGCAGGAAGGCGAGGUGGCUUCUGGUAGACUAUUCUCCGCAGUUCGGGGUCGGUUAAAAAGGGUGGCAGCUUCGUUGCAAGCUGCCAUCAGGUUCAGAAGGUUCUCACGUCGCGAAACCCGACCGCCAGAUUGGUUCGUAGACAGGAGCCAACAGCAGGACAACGUCGAUAGUGCAGCCGAUAAAUCGGAGUCUCGACACUGCUGGGGUCGACGCAUCGUCGUGGAUCCAACCCUACCAUCCCACUACAAGUGGCUGAUCGUGGUGUCCCUGGCCGUUCUCUACAACGUCAUCUUCGUGCUGGGUCGAGCCGUCUUCUGGGAACUCAACAACGCCGUUCAACCCCUGUGGUGGAGUCUGGACUACAUUUGUGAUAUCAUUUAUAUUGUGGAUACAUUAGUGCGAGCGCACGAAGGUUAUCUAGAGCAAGGACUUCUAGUCACGGACCCCCAAAAACUGCGGAGCCAUUACUUCCAGUCGAAGAGAUGGCGAGGCGACAUCCUGUCUCUGCUUCCCACGGACGUCGCCUACUUCUGGUGGUCCCCGUACGAGUGCCACGAGAAGGUGCCUUGCCCGGUCAUAGUGCGUUUGAACAGACUUUUCCGGUUACCCAGACUGCUCGAGUGGUUCGAGAGGACAGAAACCGAUACGAACUAUCCGAACGUUUUCCGCAUCUGCAAAGUGGUUCUCGCCAUCCUCGUUCUCAUCCAUUGGAACGCGUGCCUGUACUUUGCGAUAAGCUACGCCAUCGGAUUUGGCUCGGACAAUUGGGUCUACAAUCUGGACGGUCCGAAGAACUCGACGCUUACGCGACAGUACAUCUACAGCUUCUACUGGUCCACGUUGACGCUGACGACGAUCGGGGAGACGCCGGUACCUGAGAACGACGCUGAGUACCUCUUUGUCGUCGCCGAUUUCCUUGCAGGAGUGCUGAUCUUCGCCACGAUAGUCGGCAACAUCGGAUCGAUGAUAUCGAACAUGAACGUUGCGAGAGUCGAUUUUCAGAACCGCAUGGACGGGGUGAAGCAGUACAUGGCUUUCAGGAAGGUCGGCAGGGAGCUGGAGGGUCGUGUGAUCCGGUGGUUUGCGUACACGUGGGCCGAGAGCGGUGCUCUUGACGAGGAGCGCGUACUUUCCGCCCUUCCGGAUAAACUGAAAGCGGAAAUAGCCAUUAGGGUCCAUCUCGACACGCUCCGAAAGGUGCGCAUCUUCCAGGACUGCGAACCCGGACUACUCGAAGCUCUUGUCCUCAAGUUACGACUUCAGGUGUUCUCGCCGGGCGAUUACAUUUGCAGGAAGGGCGAUGUGGGUAAGGAGAUGUACAUUGUUAAGAGGGGUCGUCUUCAGGUGGUGGCAGACGAUGGUGAAACGGUGCUUGCUACUCUCGGUGCCGGCUCAGUAUUCGGGGAGGUGAGCGUCCUGGACAUCGCAGGGAACAGGACCGGAAAUAGACGCACCGCAAACGUCCGGGCCUUGGGCUAUUCCGAUCUAUUUUGCCUCGCCAAGGAUGACCUGCUGGUGGCCUUAGCUGAUUACCCCGAGGCGAGGGCAACAUUAACAGAAAGAGGCUGUCAAUUAUUGCGGAAAGACGGAUUGCUGGACGAGGAGAUGUUUCGGAGGGCGAGGGAGACACAGGAUUCGAUGGUUGAUAGCAUCAAGCGAUUAGAAGGUGUAGUCGAUAUGCUUCAGACCAGAUUGGCCAGACUACUGGCCGAGUAUACUGCGAGCCAAGCGAAGCUGAAACAGAGACUCACCAAAGUGGAAUCAAGACACGGCGAUUCCGACGCUCCUCCAGAGAAUUUGAAGGUGCCGCAGCAUGGAGGAAGAAGGAGACUGCACAGCUUCGAGGCAAGCAGGACCAGCACAUCGAGCAGCUCCAGGCACAAAACCAUGUAGCUACUACGAACAAUAAACCCUCCGACCAAAACAAAACAUACAUAAAAAAAAGAAACAACAGCAUAAAAUCCUCCAAUACGUUAUUAAUCAUUUCCCCCCUCAAGAAACACGAGCGUUAGUCAAUUUGUAUAGUCAAUUUAUUUCCUAGUCUCAUUAGAUGUACUUUUUAACUCUCAACAAAACAUUAAAAAAAACUUAAUUGUACACAAAAAUUUACAUCAAGUUUGUCAUAUUAAAUACUUACUUUCGAAUAGAACAAUACCUCGCAUAGUGCGACUUCAGCAUAAUGC